CUUGACAUUGUCCCCCAAUUGCGCUCGUCGUGCCGCUCGCAGCUCGCGUCAGUCGCUCAGCUCUGUGUUCUGUGACUUGUGACAGGGUUGUUUUGUGACGUAGUGGCAUUCAACAAGCUUAUUGGAUUUUCACCCUUUUACAGGUAUGAAGAUGUCCUAGUGCGCCCAAGCAUGGCAGCGUGUAGGUGGGAGUGGCUGUUCCUGGUGCUUUGUCUGCCCAUCCCCCUGGCCCUCGCCCAAGGCGUCCAGAACUGCCCACCCCGCAAUGAGCUCGAACCCUGCGUAUGCACUCCAAAAAAGAACGGACUGGACAUCCUAUGCGAGUUCACCGACCUGAACCAUAUCAGCAAGGCUAUGGCCGUCCUGAAGGGAAAACCCUCCAUCAUUAUCUUCUACCUCAAGCUGAGACACAACAACCUCCCCAAACUACAGAGCUUCGUUUUCCUCGGAAUCGAUAUCAGGCAUCUGACUAUACACAAUAGCUCCUUGUCUGUCAUAGAGGAGUCCUCGCUUAGCUCUAUGGGGAAAGGGUUGACCCAGCUGGACCUUUCUCAGAACCGGUUGAGUACUGUGCCAUCCCCCGCGUUCCGCAACCUACACCACCUUCUCAUCCUCAACAUGAACCACAACCGGAUCACCGCCCUUCACUCCAAGGCCUUCGAGGGUCUCGAUACCCUCGAGAUACUCACCCUGUACGAGAACAAGAUCUCCAACAUCGAAGGAGAUGCUUUCAAAGGGCUCGACAAGAAGCUGAGAAGGCUCAACCUCGGCGGGAAUAAGCUGACGAGCGUCCCACAGGAAGCGUUCUCCAUCCUUGACACACUGAAGAAAUUGGAGAUGCAGGAGAACAGCAUUACUUCAAUAACGGAAGGAGACUUUGAAGGGCUCAAAAACCUUGACUCCCUGGGUCUUGCCCACAACCACCUGAGGGAGGUACCGGGGAGGGUAUUUUCACACCUUACACUCCUCAACUCGUUGGAGCUUGAUGGUAAUCAAAUUACCCACAUCGACGUAGAAGCUUUUGUUGGACUUGAAGAAAAUCUUCAGUACUUGCGUUUGGGUGACAACAAUCUUCAUGAAAUCCCCAGUGAAGCCCUACGUCGCCUGCACCGACUCCGGCACUUGGACUUGCGAGCCAACAACAUCACAGUCAUCCCCGAGGACGCCUUCACAGGAUACGGUGACAGUAUCACAUUCCUCAAUCUUCAAAAGAACGAUAUAAAAAUACUUCCGGCAAUGGCUUUCGAUAACCUGAAUUCUCUAGAGACAUUGAAUCUUCAAAACAAUAAGCUCACUCACAUACCAGAGGAGAUUAUGGAGCCCAUCGUAGAUACGCUCAGAGUGGUUGAUAUAAUGGACAACCCUCUGGUCUGUGACUGUCAACUGCGGUGGUUCCGGGACUGGCUGAAGAACCUGAAGGAUAAGGACGACGAGAUGAUGCAGAAGAAGAGGACCUUGUGCACGAUGAUGCCCGAACACCAAGAGUACUAUGUGCAGAAUCUGCCUCUGGAGAAGAUGAACUGUGUGAGCAAGAGUCAAGUAAGGGGCGGAGCCUCGGCCUCAACGUGUCUACUGCCGGCAACCUUUCUGACACUCGCCUGCUCAGCCCACACCUGGACUUAGACCCUGACUCCACAGGUGUCCAAUCAUUCUAAACGUGCUGGAAUCAAGUGGCAGGCAAUUUGUAAAAAAGCAAUCAAACACCCGUGUACGUUGUGACGGUUAUAUUGUGAUCCAGACCAAUCAAAAUCAAGGGACUUCUUUCUCCUUGAGUGCUUGCCAACUGUAGCCGAACUUUAAAUGAUUUUGUCGCUAGGAAAUGAAACGGUGAUUUGUGAUUUUCAAAAAGUUGCAGUGAAAUAUUCAACCGGAAUGAUGAUUGACUGUACAUUUAUGUCAUGUACUUAUUAAUUUCAAAAAAUUAUUAAUGGAAUUUGUUUUAGCAAAAAAUUAUAUCGAGUGUCCAAAAAUCUUACUAAUCAAUAGGAUGAAAUGUUAUGGAUCCAAAACGCCUAUGUUUAUCAUAGACCUUCAAUAUAUUAUAAUCAAUCUACUAAUUGGUAUUGAUAUGUAUUUGUAAAUUAUUAAUUGAAAACAAAUGCAUAAUGCCAUAAAAAUGUAAUUCAUAAUAUUAUGGCUAGUUUUGAAUUAAAUAUAUGGCUCAAUAAGCUUUGAGCCUUAUGGAAAAGAUUGUUUUCUGCGAUACUUCCUUGUAUUACCAAGUGAACUCGGGCACAUAUUUGGUCUAAAUUUAGUCGCUAUCUGUGAAUACACUUCUUUAUUCUUUUACUCCCAGACCUCUCGAUCUGAGUACACUAAGGUGUUGCGUAACCUGAAGUGUUGUUCAAAGCGAUAGAUAGCGUUUCACUUUUUUAAAUACUCGUAUAUCUGUAAUAGCUAUUUUAUGUCUACAUAUUGGAUGCUGUAAAAUACCAAAAAAUGCACAUGCAUUAUCAAUUUAAUGAGUUUCAAUACUUCUUACGUUUCUAUAAUAUAUUUACACAACCUGCACAAACUUAAAGUAUAAACUUUAAAAAAAAUCCCCAUAAAUUAUUAUUGAUUUUAUGUAUAAUGGCUUUAUAAUUAGUAGAAAAUUUUUAUAUUUCUGAAAUAAAUUGCGCAAACAAGCUCUAAAAAUAAUUAAUCUGCGACAAGCCAUUAUUAAAAUUUAAAAAAGCCUUCUACUUCAACCUGUUUUAGUAAAAUAUUUAAAAUUACUCAGCAAGUAAUUGUAAGUACAUUGUUUAAUAAGCCAUCAGGCAGAUGGGCAUAGAACUAGCAAUCAUUAAUAAUGUUGGUAUGAAUUAUUAAUCUUAAUAAUUCUGACUCAUUAACAUUCGAUUAUCGGAUGGAAUCGUGUUAGGAGUUAAUUGUAUUAUUACGUGUCCUGAUGGUAACAACAUUGGUAUUAUUUUAACCGAACUUGAAUGUUGUUUUAAAAGUCAAUCUUUGACACGCUUCUUUCAAAUGUGUCUUCGUAGACUUCGCUGUUUUUUAAGCUUUUAGUCAUGAUGUGGAAGAGAGAGUAGAUACUAUAAAUUAGUUCUUUGUAUAUAAUAGGUUCGACCACAAACCAUUGUUCAUAACUCUAAGUGUUCCAUCGCUGGCUUCAACUUUAUGUAAAAAUUAGCCUAGAAUAGAUUUCCAACCCUUGAUGUGCUUCAAUGGGUGUUCUUUUAAUCAAAAUGUAUUUUUAACUUAGCUUUUGGUAGUAGUAUGUGUGAUCAACAUUUUUGGAACUGGCUCUUGUUAGAUUUUACUUUAUAGUAGGUUAUUUUCUGAAUCGUUAUUAGUUUUCUUCCCGUUUGUACGCGAAACGCAACAUCACAGACUUGUAAAUAUUUGUCGUGUCAGUUAGCUCUUUUUUAAUCUCACCUAGAAAAUCUGACUCUAUUCUUUAACUAUGUUUCGUAGUGUUCUUUUGUAUAAAAAUAUGUAAAUGUAUUUUUUUAAUAUAGAAGUUAGGCCGCAACUAGGGCGAAGAACCAUUCAGAAACAUAUCUAAGCACUGGGGGGGCCAAAAUAGGUCUAGCAUAGCCCUUACCUGUGGCCAGAUCCACCCAGUGUAUACAAUUUUGUACAUUCCUGUUAAAUUUUAAAAAUUAAAGUUGUUAUCAAUUAGAUAGUUAUAUGUAAACUUACAUAUCAGUGGUAACUUACACAUAUCUCUAAUACAUAUCAUACAGUAUAUUGUACAAAUACUGAAGCCAAUUUUGGUGUAUCUAAGUGUGUGAGUGUGUGUUGUCCUGUUUUCUGGAGUCUCUUUGUCUGCUAAUGUGUCUUAUCAGUGAUAUACAAUUACAUAUCAUCCAGUGAUAAAAUUAUAAGUUAUAUCUAAUUGUAUCACGUAUGAAAAUCAUUGUAAUGCAGUGUGACUGAAUGAAUAAAUUAUUAUUAAAAGUU